AUGCUGUCCAUUAAGGCUACUACUGUGAGCUCAGUGCUCUUUGGAGCAGCUCAUGCUUCCCUGUAUGGCGAAAGUAGCCAAAACCAUACAUGCCAACUUCAACCCAAUUACCUCUCAUGUUCUGCCAAUGCUCAUCCCAACGUUACUGAUUCAUGCUGUACUGAAACGUUUGGAGGUCUUGUCCUUAGCACACAAUACUGGGAUACUUAUACCGGUCUUGAGUCUUCCGGUCAAUUGCUACCACGUAACACAUGGACCUUACAUGGACUUUGGCCUGACUUCUGUAAUGGUUCAUACACUCAAUACUGCGACUUAAACCGACAAUAUGAUCCUUUCCCAUCUCCAAAUACCACCACUGGUACCUCAAGCGGCACUCCUGUUCCACCGUACAAAGGUCCUAGCAUCUUAACUUUCCUCGCUCCCUUUGGAAAGCUUGAUCUUCUCGCAUACAUGAACAAGUAUUGGAUUAAUCAAGGUGGGCCCAACGGCGACUUCUGGGGCCAUGAGUUCUCUAAACACGGAACAUGCUACUCAACUUUCAACCUUCCAUGUUAUGGACCAAUGUACCAAAACCAUUCCGACGUUAUCGAUUUCUUCGAAACAGCAGUUUCAUAUUAUUCUAACCUCCCAACCUACGGCUGGUUAUCUGCUGCAGGUAUCAGGCCUAGCAACACCACUAGAUUCUCUCUGAGUGAUAUGCAAGCGGCUUUGACGAAGGGCUUCGGUGCUUUACCGUAUAUUGGAUGUACCGGACCGAGAUACAAUGCUACUGCUGCUGGUAAUGGGACUUUGGAUAAUGGUUAUACAAUCGUCGAUGAGAUGUGGUAUUACUACCAUGCUUAUGGCAGGGUACAGAGAGGUCAGGGCCUUCCCGUUAAUGCUAGUAUCAAUGGUGAAAGCGUGAGCAGUUGUGCUAAAACGCCUGGUGCUCUGUUGUAUCCUGAGAGAACAUUGGGAAGUGAGGCGUAG